GAGAGAAAGAGAGGUAGGGACGAGACGUAGAGACGAGACACCACAAUAAGCCAACAGUAUCUCCCAAUAACAAAACCGACUCCCAUUUCCCCAAUCUAUCGCUUGCUUUCUCCCUCCUCUUUCUUAUUCUCUUCUUUAACAUAAUUUUGUUUUCCCUUCUCUUUCUAGAAUAGGAGUUCUCUUUAGAUUCUCUCUUUCUUUUGUUCCCUUCCACUCACACUCUCGUUUUUUUAUCGCUACUCAUACUUAUAAUUCAAUCGCACCUCAUUCGAACUCUAGCUGCAUCAGCGUCUCUCUCUCUCGCGUCGCAUCUGCUUUAACAGGCCUUUGCCUUCUUGCUUUGGCGACUCCAAAAAUCUCUGGAUUGCCAUCCUCUAUGCUCCAGGCACACCAGCUAUAGACUUUAAAGCAGGGUAGUGGCAAUGUCAACUCCAGCAAGAAAGAGAUUGAUGAGAGAUUUUAAGAGGUUGCAGCAAGAUCCACCUGCAGGGAUAAGUGGAGCGCCACAAGACAACAACAUAAUGCUUUGGAAUGCUGUGAUUUUUGGUCCAGAUGAUACUCCUUGGGAUGGAGGCACGUUCAAGUUGACUUUACAGUUUUCUGAGGAUUAUCCAAACAAACCACCAACAGUGCGAUUUGUUUCUCGAAUGUUUCAUCCAAAUAUUUACGCAGAUGGAAGCAUCUGUUUGGAUAUUUUACAAAACCAGUGGAGUCCUAUAUAUGAUGUUGCUGCUAUACUUACAUCUAUACAGUCAUUGCUGUGUGACCCCAACCCCAAUUCUCCUGCAAAUUCAGAAGCAGCUCGCAUGUUUAGUGAAAACAAGCGAGAGUACAACCGAAGAGUUAGGGAAAUUGUGGAGCAGAGCUGGACGGCUGACUAAUCUUGGUGCUCUAGCGCGGCAGUCUAAGUCUGAAUUUUGUGGCAUGUGACCGGUAGCAUGUCCUUUAAAAAAAAGUCAGCUUGUGAUAUGAUCAACUUUUAUCCUGCACCCUUUGGCUUCCUCCCCAUUAUUGAAUGUUAGGUUACUCUCUCUAUGCUUUAAUCUGACUUAUCCAUUGCGUGAUUUUAGGCUUAUGUAAAAUAGAAAUUGGUGUAUCAAUUUGCAUUGAAUUGUUAAUGGAUCUUGGUGCUUCGAUAUAAAAAUUGGCAGACUGUUUUGAUUGCAA